ACAAAUGGAAUACUCAGAGUGGGUGGGAGACUAAGACGAGCACAGUUGACGUCGGAUGAAACAAAUCCUAUCCUCGUCCCAUCUAAACACCACCUGUCCCAGCUCAUUAUAAGACACUUCCAUGUGAAAGUAUGCCAUCAGGGCAGACAUUUUACCGAAGGGGCAGUUAUAGCUGCAGGCUUUUGGAUUGUGGGAGGGAAAAAAGCAAUAAGCAAAAUGAUAUUCAGCUUUGUGACCUGUCAAAAACCAAGAGGAAGCCAGCAGGAACAGAUUAUGGCUGAGCUACCAGAGGAUAGGCUGUCCACUGACCCUCCCUUCACACAUGUAGGGCUUGAUGUGUUCGGGCCCUGGCCUGUCACUGUCAGAAAAACGCGUGGUGGGCAAGCAGAUGCAAAGCGAUAGGAAGUCAUAUUUAUGUGCAUGAGCACACGGGCCAUUCAUAUUGAAGUUAUAGAAUCAAUGGACACGUCGUCAUUCAUCAAUGCCCUGCGUCGUUUUUUUGCUAUCAGAGGUGCAGUCAAACUUCUUAGGUCCGAUUGUGGGACAAAUUUUGUGAGUGCCUGCAAAGAGCUGCAUAUAGACAAACAGGGCUGCUACAACAGCAAACUAAAUAGCUUUCUGGAGGACUCUGGCUGCAAGGGGCUUUUCAACCCCCCACAUGCGUUGCACAUGGCUAGCUCCUGGGAGCGCAUGAUUAGGGUCACGCGCAAAAUCCUUGAUGCAAUGCUCCUGGAACACAGGAAUGCAAAACUUACCCACGAAAUACUGGUGACCUUAAUGGCUGAAGUCACUGCAAUAGUGAAUGCUCGUCCGUUAACAGCAGUGUCUGCAGAUCCAGAUAACCCAGUCAUCCUGACCCCUGCCAUGCUGCUCACGCAAAAGGUUACGACCCCACCAAUCCCACCAGGUCAGUUUGGAAACAGUGAUCUGUUCAAAGCUCAAUGGAGGCCCGUUCAAUACCUCGCUAAUGCUUUCUGGAGACAAUGGAAAAAAGAACACAUCUCGGGACUUCAGGACCGCCGCAAAUGGAAAACAGUGAAGCCUAACCUACAAACAGGAGAUGUUGUUCUUUUAAAAGAGACACUCGAACAUAGGAACAACUGGCCACUUGGACUCAUCACCAAAAUCUUUCCCAGUGAGGAUGGGCUUGUAAGGAAAAUAGAGGUGAAGAUUUUCUGCAAGGGCGAACACAGGUGUUACAUAAGGCCUAUUAGUGAGGUUGUGCUAUUGGUGUCUAAGGAUUGUACUUAAAAGCAGAAACUUUGUGUCACUGUAUUUUACUUGCUUUGUUUUGUGCCAGUUGAGAAUGACAUUCCACGGAUGUCAGGCGGGGACUGCCCCCUCUGUUGUCGCUUUAUUGAGUUUCUUUGGCUGGGGCAUUUCUCAGUUUUCCCACCAGUGGGCAGUAUUACCCCUUGAGGUUUGUUGCUUUUUCUUUGGUUGUUUGGUGUGCGCUACACUGUCCCCUUUGGGGAUGUGUUGUAAGCAGCAGGAAAAGUUCACUCAGGCAGUGUGAGAGAAUGCGUGGAGCAGAAAACAACCCGCGCAACUUUGAGCCCAGUUUACGUCGUCGGGGAGUUUGUUGAACCAUAAUCUGUUCACUUUUAAAGUAUCUGGGAGAACCUGCAGCUGAAUCGUCUGUCCAGCAUCAGCAAAGCACCUCAGCUUCUCUGCUUUCCUCAGAGCAUGCUGCUCCUCUGGCAAGCCCCCUAGCCUCCCUGCCACUAACUGCUGCACCUGGUUGUUCAGGUGAGUGCAUUCUGCUCAUAUUGACAGCAACAUUUAUUCCACUGUUGUCUUUUUCUGAUUAAUGUGAAGAUCAUGUAACAUAUUUUUUCAUAAAUAUCCUGUCCUUUUUUAUUCAUAGAAAGAAUGAUGUAUUCCAAAAAAUAUAUCAGGCUACAAUUUGUGCUGCAUUCACACCUCUUCAGCACUCCUUUAAAGGAGUCUCAGUCGUUAUUCACAUGACAUCCAUCUGUAUAUGAUAAUAUCCAAACCUGUGUAUUGCUCUGUGUAUAAGCUCAACGCUACCGGUGACCGUAGCUUUAGCAUAUCUUCGAUCAACAAUCAAUGGUCUGGCAAUAAUCAGUAUUAACUAUGAGGUUGGGGGUCAGAUUUCAUAUGAUGAUGUCAUUGAUGACUGCAGCAAGAAAGUCCAGAAGGAUUUCACUGUAAAAUAUGACUGUGAUUUACAAAAUAAAACAAAGUAGAAAUCUUCCAAUCAGGGUUAAUUUGCAAAUUGCAUCUUUUUAAUUUGUUAAUUAUUAUUUUUGUUAUUUAUUUAUUUAUUUACAUAUGAUAACAUUCUUUGUGAUAAUAAUUUGCACAAAAUAUUGUAGCUUUCUGAUAGUUGUUGAUUAUAUUUUGAGAUUCUUGAGCGUAUACAUUUAUCCUGGCAGCUGCUGUGUUUGUAAUGAAGAUGGUGCACUACUUUACUGUUAAAAAAUGAGAAAAAAUAUAUUUUGUUCUUGGUGUUCAGUUUUCUUCGUUUCUUAGUUUAUCUUUUUUUUUCCCCUAGACUUUCAGUUCCUGUGAUCUUCAUGUUUUUUUCUCUGUUAUUUUAUUUCCUUGCCCCUCCAGUUAUUUUUAGUCAUUUUAGCGUCCUCUUGUUUAAUAGAAGUGUCUUUAAAUUAGCUUUGAAGAAAUGUACACAUUUUGAUUUAUUACUUAAAUGAAUGUACAGCUUUAUGGACAUGAAAGAUGUGAGGUGUGUGUAUUUUGUUAGUGUGGUUUCAUAAGUAAUUGACCAGCACUUUUAUAGUGUCUUUCUCAGUCCGAGGACACAGCGCUAUGCUGUAGUGGCGGCAGCAUUUUUUUUCAAGUGGUACUCGCUGCAGAACCACAAAGGCGGAGCUGCAUCAGAAGGUGGAGCUGCAUCAGAGUCAGCCCCGCCCAAUCAUGUAAACUUAAGGUGGAGCUGCUAUUUCACUCGUCCCAUGGCCUGUUUCACCUUCUGUUUUCAUGAUGAAACAUGAUCCCUCAAUUUACUCUUGACUUUUUUUUAUAUAAAUGAGGGAAAGGAUCAGUUGGAAAAGAAGCAUGAUUCAUUUGUUUCAUAUUUCAUGACUUUAUUUUUAAUCUAUUUCUGUUUAAGAUCAUUGUGAUUUUAUGACUUUGUUUUAUUUAGUUUUGAUCUAUGUGAAGCACUUUGUGAUUUUGUCUGUGAUGAGUGCUAUAAAAAGGUCCUUCAGGGUUAACUUCGAUCAUAAAAAGAAAGAUCCCGGACGAGCCCCCAUUAAUGUUACGACUGGUAUUGGUGAAGGACGUCGUAACAUAAAAAGGCGCGGGGUCAGGAUUUUAAAAGCAAACGAUUUUAUAACGAAUAAAUGGCCAAACUCGUGUAAGGUUACUAGGUCAGUUAAAUACAAGAUCUAAAGGUGACCUCCUAAAGAGGGGAAAAAACAAGGACUUGAGAGAACACGCAAGCUGGAGCUCAGCUCCACUAAUAUAAUAAACCAAUAAGUCAGAGUAGACUCACAAAUUCAGCUAUUCCCCUUUUUGGGCUAAAGUAGAAAGAAAACCGAUUAAGUCCAAACCAACUAAGGGCGAGCACAGGGCUGUUAAGGUAAUGGAAACAAAACAGUAAUAAUUACUAAAUCAAAGCGCUUUUGAGCAAACACACCAAAAGCAAUACUUAUGCUCCACUGAACACACACAGCUAACAGGUUAACUUAACCUCUACAAAUGCUCCACUGAGCAAGCACAGGAAGUUGGUUCAAACUAACCAAUUUCCUACCUCUAUUGAGCGCAAUCUCCAAAAGUUCCACAGAACUCAGAGCAAAACAAACUCAAUGAAAUUACACUAGGUUCAAAGCUAGGUGUAUCUGGAUUUCAUUCACUCUCAAGAUAUUCCCCACUCUUUCUGCUCCCUGGUUCUUCUGGCUGCACCUUUUUAAAAGCUCAGAAGCUGAUUAGGGAUUGAGCGCAGCUGGAAGGUGGGAUGGAGGAGCAGGAGCAUAGGAGGGGCUGCUCCUCUCUGCAGGGAAGUGGAGCAGGAACAGGAGCAUGUAGAAACUGGUGAUCAUAACAUCAUGAGAUUUGGAUCAUGACUGAAAGAAUUUCUCCAGGAAGAUUUUGGGAUCCCCAUGUCUGGCAUGUCUGUGAAUGUCUGGUUUUAAAGCACUUUGGAGUCCAUGGAAUAGACCAAGUGCUAUACCAAUGCAGUCUGAUCACCAUUUUCACCAUAUAAACUAGUUUUUAUAAAUUGUUGUUCGAAUUUGCAUUAUGCACUACUACUUAAAUGUAGGAUUUCACCUCUUCACAACCACAGAGGCAUAUGUAAACUAAUCAAAGCCUGUAGUGAGUAGGCAUGAUGCAGUAAUUCCCAGCUACAUAAUAAAAACAGCCUAUUUUCAUACACAAAGCCAAGCUCGGGCUUUUAGUGCUAAUCUGGUACCAAGUAGUGCAAUUACACUUCUGUGUAUAAUGUCGUUUCUUUCCUAGUCACCUACUUUUGAAAACGUUAGGGCAGAAAACACCCGCUACUUCGAUGCCCUUUCGGUAACUUUCAACAAAGAAAAUAGUCUGGAGGGCUCGUGACUAAUCGAGAUGGAGCUGAUAGAUCAGCAUAUUUCUGGAAGCUUCACUCUGUGCUAACCAGAACCUUUGACACCACUGAGGAGUCUCCACCAAGCAGAUGGAUUCUGGAGCUUGUUAAUUAGCAUUGCAUACUAAUGAGAGGAUCUGUCCAUGAUGUUGGCUGGAACCACAAAAGAGAGAAAAUUACGAGAGGGAGUGAUGAACAGAGAGAGGCAAGCCAGAGAGUGGUGAUUACUGGUAAUCUGGAAACGCUUCACUCAGGUGCUUUACUCAAACCCAGCUGAGCAUCAUGUGCACGUCAUGGAAAUAUAUAAAAUAAAUGAGCAAACAGAAAUAGUUUUACCACAGAACAUUAGUGGCAUGACAAAUAAAAAAAUAACAGCAUGGAAGUGCUGAGAAUGCAUCUAAAUGUCAAGUUACUGUACCGUAUCUGUAAUGGCUGAGAGGCAUGAGCACAUGGGCGUCGCAACCGUGGGGGAUGUGGGGGAUUCAACACUUUUUUUCUGUGAUUUAUUGAAAGGAUUCAACACUUUUCUUAUUGAGAUCGUUCAACACCCACACUUUUCCAGCCGUUUUGCUCACCUCCACACCAGUCUGGUUUCUCGCACUCACUCUGUUUGCCUCAUCUCCUUCUUCCCCUCCCUCUCCUGUUUCUCCUUAAACCCGACAUCGGCUGUCGGGUUUCAAGGAGAAACAGGAGAGGGACGGAAGAGCUCGACUGAUUUCAUGAUUUUACAUCUUGACUUUAGCUGUACAAACUUUGAGUUUGAUAAAGUGAAGAACAAAAAUGUGCAGAAGUUUAUAACAGGCACGGCACCAGGUUUUCAUCUUUGGGUGGGCCACAGUAAUUUUGGAUGGACCGUAAUAAGCAGUGACUUAAGUGAAGCAGGCAGGUCGCGCUAGAAAAUUUUGUUUAAAAAGACGUCAUAAAUUUUUUCCCCCGUCAUUUUUAUUUCUAAAAUAUGAAGUAAAAACUCUCAAUUUAAUUUUCAUUCAUUUUUCAAUUAUAGGCACCAGAAUGCAUUACCUGCAAUUCUAAUAUUUACCUCUCAACGUAGGACUCUCUCAUAAGGGUAUAUGCUCACCAGUAGUUUUUACGGUUGUUCAUGGGGCAAAAUCUCCGACAUUUUUGGAAAAAAAAAAUCCAUCUUCCAGUAAAAGCACAGCAUCUAGCCCACCUCUCCAAAUGAGUAAAAUGUGCAUCAUAGCUGCUAGGCGUGCUGUGCGCACCAUCAGCUACGUCAGCCCAGACAAGAGCAGAGCAAAUAGAGAAAGAAUAGAGGAUAAUUCUGUCUGAAUGUGGAUGGAGAUUACAUGUUACAGCAACCUGAUCAUCAUUUAAAUACGUAAACCAUCACCUGGCUUCUAGUCCACGCUAUCAGCAUUAUUGUAAUUGGUGUGUGUGUGUGUGUGUUUUCCACUUCAAACACUGGUCUAACCAACCAAACCAGCGUGUCCAGUAACAUAUUAAUAUUGCAAUUAAACAAUUUCACUUCAUGUAGGCUAGGAACAGUCCUCCUGCCGUGGCCCGACCGGUUCUGCUCCACAUAAACUGUGUGUGUGAUCAAAUGUCUCUAGAGGUACUUUCUGAGCUGAAGAGACUAUUCUGCCUCAGACUGGAUGCGUCAUGCGUCUCCACAUUAAAGACGGGAACAAGCGCUAUUCAGCCAAAGUUUCAUAAUCAGAGAACAUUUUUCCAAGUGACACAUCUCACAGAGAGACGGGGUUUCCAGACCGCUUCAGUGGGAGGAAAUCUUACCGCAUGCGCCGUGGUUCUGCACUGCGCUGCGAACCCCUCUACAGAUCUUCAGCUCACCGUCCACCGUGUGCGCUCCGAUCCGCACUGAGCACAGUGUCCAGUAUAAAGCUCUGAUGUUCUGAUGGGAAUCAUUUCUUGAUUGAUUUAGUUCCAUCCGCGAUGUGCGUAACAAUUAAAAUGUCAGCUCAUCUAUGAGCGCAUCAGUGUGCGUCGGGGUAAUUCUUUCAAAACAACAACAUCCUUGAGUUUAUCCGUCAAAAUAAACAGUCAAAUGGAAAUAUCUGUAACCUGCCAUUUAACUGUUUUGCCUUCUUGUGAAGAUUUUUGCAAAGAGAAACAAUUAAACUUGAUUAACCCCAGAGCCACGCGCACUGCGCUGUACUUCGUGACUGUAAAUGAGGGAAAUACGAUUUAAUCGGAUCCUUUUCUUUUCAACAUGGUUUAAUGUGAAGUUUCAUUCAGUACAAACUUGUUUCUGUUUUAUGCCAUUUUCAUAUGUUUUAUGCUGAUGAGUUGCUAAUUAGACAUAAUUAGUAUUGUUAACCAUCGUUGUUUUGGGAAAUGUUCUGAAGCCAAUUUUUGGAGUUAGUAAGUCAUUUUACGUUCUUAAAUGUUUGUUUAUUUUUUCUUCUCUAUGAGAAUGUAUUUGUUAUUAAACUGAAUAUUUGUGAUAAUUUGUACAGUUCCCAUGGCAUGGUUGAUGGCACGAAUGUGUUAAUGAAUGCCAUUUAACGAAGAACGCCUCGUGUCCGUGACUCAACUUGGAGGGAGUUACACUGACCAAACAGGAGUAAAAACAAAGAAUAAACCAAACAAUUAUGGAACUAACUCAAAAGCUUGUGUAAACUAAAAUCAGUGGGUACUGGAAGGAACACAUUGCUUAAACAUAAAACCAAAAAGCUAAUGGACCAGUGUGGCGCAAAAACUAAAUACACGAGAUGACGAGCGUGGCUAAAGGGGAAAUGGGACAUGAGACGCCAUAGGACUACUGUGGUCUGACAGCAGGAAAAGGGAAGACGGGCUGUGGUGACACACAGGCAACAAGAAACAGACACAGAGGGGACAAGACAAGACAUGACACAAUAAACAUGGCUGUCAAGACCUGAGGUGAGUGGCCGUCAUCUGAUGACCUUUGAGCUUGAAUGCAGAUGAGCAGUGCUGAGCAGGGGCAGCAGUUUCUAAUCAGCAAGGACGGCCUAUUUACGGAGCUGGCAGAUGACACCAAGACGCCGGAUGAUUACUCACUUUGGGUACUACCAAAGGGAGAGUCUAAAGCCAGUUUCACACUGGAAGCAUCAGUGGCGCGAAACGGCAGAAGAACGGUUUACUCGCUGUGCCCUUCGUGUCAGGUCACGGUUUGUUUAUGCAAUCCGCCAUUAAACCAAAAAGAAGAAAAUCACGUUUGAUAUCGCUGUUUGAUGUCAUAUUUGAUGUUGUUCCUCUUCACGGCCAGGAUUAAAGCCAAGAAAAACACACUGCUGCAGCUCUGGAGCAAUGCUGGGAGUGAAUAAGCCAUUAGGCCACAUGUAAGCUUCAUAUAUGUGAAAUUGCAUUGCUGCAGUACCUUUAUUUUGAAAAUUACCGGGGAUUAUACACUGAAACAUUGUGUGAUUUCCUGUCUAGCCCUUUGUUAACUGCGGAAAUUGGCGUGUGCCAGAAGCUGCAUGCAGCAAAAAUAGAACCCGAUUCUAUCUUUUGUGGCGCAGCGCGACGCAGCACAGUGCAGUGUGCUUCUUCUGGGAUGCACCUGGAAAUUGCCGUGUUGUUGCUCGUUUGAAACAGAUUUACCAAGCACCACCAAAACCACGCCUCCGUCUGAUCUGGCAGAUUCUGAUUGGAUCAGUAAAGCAAUGUGUCGUCUCUAAACGCUACAUGAGAUCAGUCCUAUUGGAAACAUUUAAAGUCAUAUUACUCAUUAUAUUCUAUAGGAUUAUCAUAAAGUAAUUAAUAUUUUGAUUUCACAGAUUGGUCACAUCUUAUUAUUGACUAACACUUUGUUUGAUUAGCUUUAUUAAAAUAGAGUUCUGUGAUUUAUUGAAAGGAGAGAGUCCUUUCUUCAUUCUUUGGUUCAUAUUGCUCAGCCCUACUAUUCAGUACAUUGGAAGCUGUGCUCUCUUUAUCCACAAUACCCAAAAGUGAUAUUUUUACUCUUUUCUUGAGGUUACCGGUAUAAACACAGGCUGCUCCAUGUUACAGGGACAGAAAAUGAUACCACUGACCUUUAGAUUUUUUUCACGCAUCAUCUCUUUAGCUCAGACACAGUUUUGUGUUUCACAUCCUGAGAGAGCAAUAAUGAAGGAUGAUGAUGAUGAGCCACUACUGAAAUGCCACUGGGCAAUCAGGUGUAGUCACACUUAUGAGUAUUAUAACUACACAAGUUGUUUUGAUCACAUCUCCAGUUGUGAAUUGCUGAGAAACUGCCUGUGGAGGAGAGUCACAAGGAGUUCAUGUCCCACCCUAGACAGAAUCAUAGGCCAUGUCACCCAAUCCUGGUCCUGGAGGGCCAGUAUCCUGCAUGUUUUGGUUUGAACUCUAUUUCAACACACCUGAUUUCAAUCAGCAGCUAAUUAACAGGCUUCUGCAGAGCUUGAUGAGCUACUGCACUGGAGUUUCAACCACUGCAUCAAGUCUGUUGGAGCAGAAAAACCAAAAAACCUGCUGGAUACCGGCCCUCCGGGACCAGGACUCAGUACCAUCUCCAACCAGCUUUUCUUGGCAAAUUAGUCAUUUUGUAACGGCUAUAGACAAAUGAUUCAGUCCAAGUGUCACACAGUGGGACAUGUUUGUAUUUGUACAUGAUUCGUUGUAUUUUCUUUUCCUUGCAUGGUUUUGUGAUUAGCAUUGGUUUUGCAUGUGUUGUUUGAGGCAUUCUUUUUUUCCCUCUGUGGAGCUCCCCAGAGACAUUGGGACAAUCGCUGAACUGAGCAGGGGGGUGACCACAAUUAGCCCUGCAGGUGUGAGACUCCCACAGGUGUAGCUGGUUAAUGUGAGUGCUCUGAAAGAGCUGAGGAGGGAGAGCCAGAGACAAUGGAUCCAUUGGUUUAUCUUGAAAAUGAAAUUAGAAAAGCACAAUCUAAUAAAGAAAGUUUAGUAGUUGUAUUUUUUUAUCUUGAAAAAGCAUAUGAUAUGGUUUGGAAAGAGGGAUUAUUAAUAAAACUAAACAGAUUAGGACUUAAUGGUAGAAUGUAUGAGUGGAUAAAGAAUUUAUUUAAUAGAUAUAUUCAAGUGAAGGUGGGGAAUACAAUGUCAAAUAGGUAUCUAGUCAAGAAUGGGACACCUCAAGGAAGUAUAAUUAGCCCAGCAAUUUUUUAUAUAAUAAUAAAUGAUACUUUGGAAAAUAUAGGUUAUGACUUUGGAAAAGCAUUUUUUGCAGAUGAUGGAGCCAUAUGGAAAAGGAGAAGAAACAUUCAACAUUUACAGAAGAAGUUGCAAGAAGCAAUAUGGAAGGUGGAAAUUUGGUCCAAACGGGAGUGACGAGCACUGCUUAUCAUGGCUGCAUGCACUGAUGUGUGGAGAGUCCCCAACCCUACCUCCCCACCUAGUGGACACUUACGUUGUGUGAUGUCUGAAGUCUGUUGCAUUUCUGUUUGAGGUGUUUUUUUGCAUAGCAAAGCUGCCCUCCCUAUGGAGGGUAACUCUGAAGUGCCUUUUUUUCCUCCACCUGACUCAAUCCUCAUGUAACCCUCUGAUCUCUAUUAAGGUAGCGCGACUCGGGUUGUGAAUGACCACAGUCACCAAUUCUUGUCAUGCAUCUAUGCCUAUGUAUGUACGUCUGAUCUCAGAAUUGUGUGCACUGAAACUCUAAUUUCCCUCUGGGAUUAAUAAAGUAUCUUUGAAUUGAAUUGAAUUGACAGACUAAAAGUAUGAUUUUUACAAAAAAGAUGAAUGUGGUGGUUAAUCUUAAAUGGUAUGGAGAAAAUUUAGAACAAGUAAAGAGUUUUAACUAUUUGGGAGUUAUUUUUGAUACUAGAUUAACUUGGAAGGAGAAUAUCAGUAACAUUGAAGAAAGAUGUAGAAAAGUAAUUAAUAUAAUGAGAUGUUUAAAAGGAACUGACUGGGGUUAUAGUGCACAGGCAUUGAAGCAGAUUUACAUAUCCAUGAUUAGGUCAGUGAUAGAUUAUGGUAGUAUUAUGUAUGGUUCAUCUUCUAAGACUUUAUUAAAAAGGAUAGAGAGUAUACAAAAUCAGGCUUUAAGAAUAUGUAGUGGAGCAAUAAAAUCAACACCAGUAGCAUCUUUACAAGUGGAAAUGGGAGAAAUGCCGAUAUGUUUGAGAUUUAAGCAGAUUUUGUUAAAUUAUUGGACUAGCCUACAGGGAUGUACAGAGGAACAACAUUUGGUGAAGAAAGAUGUGUUUUUAUGUUGGGAAAAUGGAAAUGAAAAGUAUGAGAGUGUGAUUGAGAAAGCAAAUAGAUUAGCUGAAAUAUUUAAAUUGAAUGAUAUAACUUUUGUAAAGAAAUGUUUAUAUUCAGUUACUCCAAAGUGGAUUUUUCCUCAUUUUAAUAUUGAUUUUCAUAUUAAGAUUAAAAUGGAGCAGAACAAAGGUAAAGGAAAUUGGGACAAUAUUGUUGAUAGAUUGGAUAGUAUUCAUAAAACAUUUAUUCCAAUAUUUACAGAUGGCUCAAAAGACUCAGGAAAUGAGGGCACAGGUUUCUCUUUUUGUAUUCCAGUUUUGGAAAAGUGUAUAAAAUUCAGAACGUCUAAUAGUUUAUCAGUUUUCACGGUGUUAGCAAUCUCAUUUAGCUUACGCUGGAUUGAACAGAAUAUAAUUAAAAAGUGUAUUAUAUGUACAGAUUCUCUUUCAGCCCUAAUGUCAAUUAAGCCAUUGUAAACUGAUAGCAGACCAGAUAUUCCUUUAGAAGUAUUUAAUGUUUAUUUAGACUGAAUAGAUUAGAAACAGAAAUUAGAUUUAUGUGGGUUCCAGCACACAGAGGGGUUGAGGGAAAUGAAAUGGCAAAUUUUUAUGCAAAACAAGCAACAAAAUUUAACACAUGGGAAGAAAUUCCAUAUUGUCAAAGAAGUGAAGGUGAUGAUCAGGAAACAGAUGAUGAAUGAAUGGCAGGGAAUGUGGGUGAGGGAAGAAAAGGGAAGGCAUUUAUUUAAUAUUCAGGUAAAUGUGGGUGUGAUGAAAAUUAUGGAACUUAAUAAUAGGGAAAAAAUAACGUCAAGGUUAAGGAUGGGACACACAGGUAUGAAUAGCACUUGAGUAGCAUUUGAUAGGGAAACAUCCUACAGGUUUAUAUGAAUGUGGAAAAGAUAGGGAAACUGUAGAGCAUGUUUUAUGUUAUUGUAGUAAAUAUGUGGUGUAUAGAAAAAUGUUAUAAGAAAAAUUAAAAGUUAGAGCAUAUGGAGAAUUGAGUUUAAGGACUUUGUUAAAUGGAGAUCACAGAAUUUAUAACUUAGUGUUGGCAUUCCUUAGGAAAAGUAGUUUAGUUAAAAGAAUAUAGUUUUUUUUAGUGUUCCUCACUCUGACUUACACUCCUACACAGUAGGUGGCAGAAAUGCACCUUAAGUUGGAUGCCACCUGCCACUUAAACUAAAGAAGAAGAGUGAAGAGCAGCUGGGAUGGCAGACAUAAAAAGCAGAGACGCACCCUGUCUCAAGGACAAAAUUGCCCGAACCCCCCGGAACAAAGGGGUUUUAAUUGUUUUAACUUGCGUCACUGACUGCUCUGUGAGUUGCUGGUCCCUCCUCAGAUUCAUUGGCGAAUCUUUGUGUUCUCGUUGAAACAAGCAAAGCACCUCAUCAUAGGAGCUGUAGCUCACUUAACCCCUUUGUACAAGACACACCAUGCCAUCAAAUUGGUGUAGUAUUACCGCAAUGGUGUGUCUUAUAAAUACGCCAUGCCGGCAUGGUGUUGCACAAAUUUUGCGACAUUCGUUCCACGUUGCUUGGUAGUAAUAUUGUGGUAAUGGUCUGUCUAAUAAAAGCCAUUGUGUUGUAGCGUUGUUGGGGUUAUUAGGAGCGAACAAUUCGUAAGCUUUAACUUACUUUUGGAUUCUUCAAUAAAUUCUGUAAAUAUGGGAAUAUUUACUGAUUUAUUAAUUAAUUAAGAUAUUCUUAGAUAUACGGGGCACCAUUCCCCUUUAACCGGGGAAAAAUUGAAUCCAAAACUCUUAUCAGUCUUUCUUGAAGUUCGUAGAAUCCUUGGAGCAGAGACUUCUCUUCGACACAACAAAGCUACUGGAGACGAAAAUCUGAAUUUUAUAACGUUUAAUUAACAAUUUGUCAAAUGAAUAAACAGUGGCAUAGAUGAAUAAUAACCAUGUGAUAUAAUAAAAGGAUGUAUAUUCAAAAUAA